ACUAUGGUAUUUCCAUCCUCCCCAGCUCCGGCGCAGAGGAUAGCACCAGGUAGUUGGAGAGAGACCGGAGACAAGUGUGGGGAGCCGUGGAGGACAUAAGCUUUUUCCUUGGUCUUCCAGAUAAGUAGCACCUCAGAGAUGAUGAGUUACUACAUGGACACAACCAUUGGCAGCACGGGCCCUUAUCCUUUGGCUCGCCCUGGAGUGAUGAAGCAAGGUGCCGGCAGCUGCUGCGAGGACCCCUGGAUGCCGUGCAGGCUGCAGUCGGCCUGCUGCCCGCCCAGGGCCUGCUGCCCGCCGUGGGACGAGUCGGCCAUCCAGGAGGUGCCCACCGGCCUGGAGCACUACGGCACAGAUAUGGAAUGUGCAGAUGUGCCUUUGUUAACCCCCAGCAGCAAGGAGAUGAUGUCUCAGGCACUGAAAGCCACCUUCAGCGGCUUCGCAAAGGAGCAGCAACGGCUGGGAAUCCCCAAAGACCCUCAGCAGUGGACAGAGACGCACGUGCGGGACUGGGUGAUGUGGGCAGUGAACGAGUUCAGCCUGAAGGGAGUGGAUUUCCAGAAGUUCUGCAUGAAUGGAGCUGCCCUCUGCGCCCUGGGCAAGGAGUGCUUCCUGGAGCUAGCGCCCGACUUUGUGGGAGAUAUCCUUUGGGAACACCUGGAGAUCUUGCAGAAAGAUGAGGCAAAACCGUACCCAGCAAAUGGAGUGAGUGCAGCGUAUCCAGAAUCCCGCUAUACUUCAGACUACUUCAUUAGUUAUGGCAUCGAGCACGCGCAGUGCGUGCCUCCCUCCGAGUUCUCCGAGCCCAGCUUCAUCACAGAGUCCUACCAGACCCUCCAUCCCAUCAGCUCGGAAGAGCUCCUGUCCCUCAAGUACGAGACCGACUAUCCCUCAGUCAUCCUGCGUGACCCCGUCCAGACGGACUCCCUGCAGACAGACUACUUCACCAUCAAGCAAGAAGUGGUAACGCCCGACAACAUGUGCAUGGGACGUGCCAGUCGAGGUAAACUGGGCGGCCAGGACUCCUUUGAGAGCAUAGAGAGCUACGACAGCUGCGACCGCCUGACGCAGUCCUGGAGCAGCCAGUCCUCCUUCCAGAGCCUGCAGCGCGUCCCCUCCUACGAUAGCUUUGACUCGGAGGACUACCCUGCCGCCCUGCCCAACCACAAGCCCAAGGGCACCUUCAAGGACUAUGUUCGAGAUCGGGCUGACAUGAACAAGGACAAGCCUGUCAUCCCUGCCGCUGCCCUCGCCGGCUACACAGGCAGUGGACCCAUCCAACUGUGGCAAUUCCUGCUGGAGCUGCUCACUGACAAGUCCUGUCAGUCCUUCAUCAGCUGGACGGGCGAUGGCUGGGAGUUCAAGCUUUCCGAUCCCGAUGAGGUGGCCAGGCGAUGGGGCAAGAGGAAAAACAAGCCCAAGAUGAACUAUGAGAAGCUGAGCCGCGGCCUGCGUUACUAUUACGACAAGAACAUCAUCCACAAGACGGCCGGCAAGCGCUACGUCUACCGCUUCGUCUGCGACCUGCAGAGCCUGCUGGGCUACACGCCGGAGGAGCUGCACGCCAUGCUGGACGUCAAGCCGGAUGCCGACGAGUGAAUUCGGGGGGGGGAAGAGUUUAUGGGACUUCAUCUUUUUUUUUUUUUUUUUUCCUUUUUUUUUUUUUUUUUUUGGUUAUUUUUUUUUUUGUUUAAAAGAGCAACUCAGAUUUGAUGCUUUGAGGGUGUUGGGAGAGAGGUUGGCGGGUGAAUCAAACUUGUGGUUGAAACGAUCUCCAGAGUUUGGUUCGGAGAAGGAUGAGCCUCUGUUUGCUGAGAGCUCCAGGACAGGCUUUAUUUGGGGUGAAAUUCUGAGUUUUAAGAAAGCCAGAAAAAUGUAGCUCACUUUAAAAAAAAAAAAAAAUAAGAAGAAAAAAGGAAAAAAAAAAGAAAAAAGCAAACAAACAACAACAAAAAAAAACCCUCCCCAUCCCUCGCUGUUUAGAAACAAAUAUUAACAAAUGGAUCCCUUCGGUUCUUGUGCUGUUGGCACAACAGACUGACAGUCCAGGAAAUGACAGUAUUCCUAAGGAUUUGAGGAUUUAAGACUUUCAUUGUGGGGGGGAGGGGGAGGGAAAACAAAAGUGGGUGAAACUUCCUGCUUUGGGGAGGGGCAAUAUAGGAAAAAGAAGCAAGAACUGUUGGCUGUUCUUGUCGCAUCGCCUUUCUGUCGGUUGUCUUCUUUUAUACAAAGGACAGACUUUUUUUUUUUUUUCUAGGAGGGAUCACGACUUUUAAAAAAAAAAAAAAUUGUUAAAGUUUUAUUUUAUUAAAUUUUGUGCCAGUAUUUUUUAUUUUUUAAUUUUUUUUAUUUUUUUUUUUUCCAAAUAGUCUUAAGCUCUAAGAUGGUCUCAGCAUUGCAAUAUUGUGUGUGUUUGUUUCUGUUAUGCCAGCAGAGUUGGAUCACGGUGAGGAAAAAAAGAGAAAAGUGGUUUCUGUAGACCCCACUGGAGAAGGGGAACGCUGCAGUGCUCUCCGGGUGGGACCUGAGGGAGCCCCAGCUCCCGGGGGUCUCCGCUCCCACCCCUUGGCCCUCCCACUUUGCUCUGCCGUGUGCUGCUCAAGCCGGGUGAGAUUUCUGACAGCGCUUUCUUGUCCUUGCUGUUACAAGUAGGUCUCUCUCUUCCAGCUGCUUCUUGUGCACACAGCGGCUUUCCAAAGCGUGCCGGGAUUUUUUGCAGUGAGAACGGGUUUUGUGUUUUUUUUUUUUUGCUCGAGGAACUUUCAGGAACUUUGUCCUUUUUUGGAGGGGACGGGGGAGAAAUUCCCCGUAUUUCCACUGCGGUAAACGCAAAUCAUCGAAGCUGGGGAGGGGAAAAAAAAUCAGGAGAACAUUGAAAAACCGAAAGGAAAUGUUUCUUCCUUCCUGUUGUGACCAGCUCUGUCUUUAUUGCUGUGCGUCUUAACCAGCCUGGGCACGAGCAGAAAGGAAAUUGGCCUUUGCAAAUGGGAUCUUUACUGCCCUUUGUAAGCCUGAUCCGCAAACCGUGUCAGGGUGUGAUUAACAUGAAGCACAUGACUGUUGGUGCUGGGGUGAGUGAUGCAUCUCGUGCUCGCCCGAGCACAGGAGCGCGGCAGGAUCAGUCCCGGGAGGGCUGCUCCUGUGUGCUGGAGCUCUUCUACCCCAUUUACCUGCAGAGGAGCGAGCCCAGCUCUGCUGAGCAAAGCAAAGCUGGGGCCAACCUGCAGGGCUGGGCUCGGUGUGACGGAGGGGAAGGGGUGGUGAAAGUUAAAGUUCCCAGAGAUGAGCCCAGGGCCGAACCCGUGCAGACCUGGCUGUGGGAUUGGGGCGUUUGCCCCGGAGAGCUGUUGGGCAUUUAUUAUUUUUUAAAGACAGUAUUAUGCAUUUGAACCAAAAGUACCUUGUUUUGUGUGUUGUUUGUUUGUCCAGCUGAGUGUCUUGUGCAGCUGCAUCCACCCAGAGGCGCUGCCGGGGGAGGUGGGGGGCAGCUUUCUGGAGAUGGGAGAGCUGGUGGAGGGGGUGCAGGUGGAGGUGGAGGUCAGGGAGGUUGUUGGAUCUGCUCACGGCGUUGGGGCUGCACGUCGUCCCACUGAGCAUGUGCAAAAAGUACAGGAAAGGAAGGAUGGAAAGGAAGGAAAAUAGGAUGGAAGGACCGUGAAAGGUGCAUGCACCAAAGGAGGGGUGGGAGGCUGCCUGCUGGGAGGGGAAAGGCAGCUGGGCUCCUUGGGCAGAUGGGGAAAGCAGCUCCGAGCUGGAGAGAAGGGAGGACGAUGUGGGUGCUGGGGAGCUGCAGUGAGGCACCAGGGCUUCACCGAGCAGCAGAGCCAAGGGUUGCUGCAGCUGCUGGGCAAAGGGGCAAGGCACAAUGGCACGGAAACGGGUGGCAGGGGAUUAGCCAAAGGGCAUCCCAACAGGACAUGGCAGCUCGGUAGGAUUUUCAGCACUUGCUGGUUUUCUUACGCUUUUGGGAUUGCUCUCUUGCAUGCAACUGCAAAGCACAGUGCUUACAGAAUCCCCCUUCCAGCCCCCACAUGCUGCCACGUGCCCGGGCUCCCAUGCCGUGCCCAAGGAAAUGCCUCCUGCUUGGCCCUGCUGCAGCUAAAGUGCCUUUUUCAAGCAGGAAACAGGGAUAGCAUUUCACUCUGAUGGAAGGAGUCAGAGUUUUGGGUACCGACUCCAUCAUCCCACCAGGCCAAAUCCCUCAUCUCCCCGUUUGCUGUUUUCUUCAGCGUCCUUGUUCCCGUUCUAGAGACCAUCCCAGAGAGGGCUGUGCGCUGUUUAUACACUGGAAAUGUGCGGAUUUGUUUUUUUGUUUCUUUCUCUUCUUUCUCCCACUUUCGUGGUUGCGCGUUGACUUUUGGAGGGGGAGGUGUGACCUCCCGUUCUUCGAGGCCAGGAAAAUGUGGUUAACUCACACCCGUGCUGAACCAGCAAGGUGGGUUCACGAGGGAUCUGCCAGGGAUGGGACUCGCUGCUGUGCCGGCUGCUCCUCCUGGCAGUGAGCUCUGCCCUUGGCAGAUACGGGUGGCACUUGGGAUCUGGAUGGCUUUGUCUUGUCCUGGAACAUCUCCAGCGAUUUGGGGUGUCCUGCUGCGUCCUGCUCUGAUCUGCUGUUCUCGGUGUCUGACCCCAGUGGGGCGCGUCCCCUUCACCCCCCCUGUCCCCUUUGUCCCCCAGCCCUGGGAGCGCAGCUCUCGGCCCUGCUGCAACCUUCCUUUCCCGAUGGCUUUUUAAGGUGCAUUUCCCAAAGAAUGGGUCAUUUCAAAGAUCAGGGGACAGGGUCCUCAGUAAGAGGUGUGAAACGCUGGAAGAAAAGCCAGCAGGUCUGUCUAGAUCUAUCCUCCAUCUCUCUGUACGAUGACUGUAACCCGUGCGGAGCCGUGUGCGUGCAAGUGCAGAUCCCUUUAUUUAUGCACAUGCCCAUCCAGCUCCAGACACGGUCACUCAGUGAGAGGUCUCUCUGGAGAAACAGUAGCAUCAUUAAGAUCAAAAAAGACCACUGAGAUCACCCAGCCCAUCCCCACCGUGCCCACCGAACCCACUGGGAUUCCGAAGGCAUCGCACGGUUUAACCCCUUCCCCUCCUCCCAAACCAACACCCGCUCCACAGAGCAAUCCCGGUAAGCACCGAGCCGUGCAGAGGCUGCAGGGAGCAUCCCCACUUUCUGCCUCGUUGUCUCCUGGAGGGUUUCCCUGCAAAGCUUUGGGGCCUGGCUGCAGUGUGGGGCUCCCCGUCGCGCUCUGCUCUCUGGUGGGGUCUGCGUAACAUCCGCGAGCUGUUGUCUACAUUCCAAAGAGGUGUAAAUGAGCGACAAAUCGAUGUCUACGUAUCUGUUACCGUGGAAUAUCUCCAGGAAUUAACUGCCUCAGUGUAAAAAAAAAAAAAAAAAAAAAAA